AAAGUACUAUAUAAACCAAAUGGAAGCUCGAGGACCAGCACAUUUGCUCAUUGGUGAAACAAAGAUGCUUCCCAAUCUCAGCUUCCUUAUCUUCUCCAUCCUCUUCGUGGCCUCCAAUGCCGCCGUGCAGGACUUCUGCGUGGCUAACCUGAAGGGCCCAGAUACCCCGUCGGGCUAUGCCUGCAAGGAUCCUGCCAAAGUCACGACUGAUGACUUCGUGUUCAAAGGCCUUGCAAAGGCUGGAAACACCUCCAACAUCAUCAAGGCGGCAGUGACCCCGGCCUUUGUAGAACAGUUCCCUGGCGUGAACGGGCUAGGCAUCUCAGCCGCUAGGCUGGAUCUAGCCCCCAGAGGGGUCGUCCCAAUGCACACCCACCCCGGUGCCACAGAGUACCUCGUGGUGGUCCAAGGCAAGAUUACGGCAGGUUUCAUCUCCUCAGCCAACAAAGUUUAUGUCAAGACCCUCAAUAAGGGGGACUCAAUGAUCUUCCCCACAGGGUUGUUACAUUUCCAGUUGAGUGCGACCGGUGUCACUUCUGUCGCCCUGGUCUUCUUCAGCAGCGCAAGCCCAGGCCUUCAGAUCACCGACUUUGCACUGUUCGGUAACGACUUGCCCACGCCACUAGUUGCUGAGACGACUUUCCUUGAUCCUAAGACCAUAAAGACGCUCAAGGGCGUACUUGGUGGAACCGGUUAAUUAACAUGGUCGAGCAAUUCCUAGAGUCUUUCUUAGAAGAUUACUUGUAAUGAUUGAUGAUAUUUGUGGUUCUAAUUGGCGUUGUUAUUGUCAUUGUCGUUGUUUCUGUUAGUCGUGAGACAAAGUCUACAAAUAAGGCACUUGUUUUUUCCCUUCCAUCGUUAUCAUGCAUCAUCUCCCGAGGAAAGUUUCUAA